AUGCAACGCGACUCUAUGACUACUGUACAAGCUACUUCGAUAACAGGUUGGAAACCAUCUACAGUAGAUGUGGUUGCAAGCUGUAGGUUAACGAGUAGCAUUACCGCCUCCACAGAUGCAAUCAGCAGACAUGCGGCAGUGUCAGUGGACGCGAAUCCGUCGACAUCGCCAGAAAGACCGACGACUGCCGCCGCAUCCACCUCUGUGGUCGGUGACACUCAGCAGCAACAAUGCGCCUCCGCGGUAACCGUAAACGAUCACCACCCGUGCGAUCCCCAACAAUCGGCGUCGGCCACCGCUGCGGUUUCAGACAGUCCGUCAGAUUCGCAAGCGGUAACUUGCAACAAGACUGAAUCUGUGACGGCGACAUCUUCACCGCGACCGAUAUGUCCCAACUUGCCCUACUCGCCAGCGUGUUCGCCGCGGUUUGCCAGACGUCGGCCGCCGUUGCGCGAGUGCCGCGUGUCCGUCAACGUGCAGAGCUUGGACGAUCCGAAUGUUCAUCAAAAGCUCAAUCAGUACAAACUGAUCGACUCCAUCGGACAGGGAUCCUAUGGACUUGUAAAAUUGGCGUAUAACGAAUUAGAUGAUAAACAUUAUGCUAUGAAAAUAUUAUCGAAGAAAAAGUUAAUGAAAAAGGCUGGCUGCUUUGGCAGACUGAACGCAAGACGUAAAGGGGCCAAUCCUUUAGACAAAGUAUACAGGGAAAUAGCUUUGUUGAAAAAACUUGAUCAUCCUAAUGUAGUGAAACUAGUUGAAGUUUUAGAGGAUCCAGAUGAGGAUCAUCUUUAUUUGGUGUUUGAAUUAUUGGAGCGUGGGGAAGUGAUGCAAGUUCCUGGUGAUCCUCCGAUGUCUGAAUCAAAAGCCAGGUCAUACUUCAGGGAUAUUUUAUUGGGCCUAGAAUAUUUACACUUUCAGCGGAUCGUACACAGGGACAUCAAACCGUCGAACUUAUUGAUCGACGCCAGCGGGCACUUGAAAAUCGCGGACCUGGGCGUGUGCAACGAGUUCGACGGAAGCGACGACCUGUUGAGUUCUAGCGCGGGCACACCGGCGUUUGCGGCUCCCGAAGUGCUGGACCCAUCGACGAAAACGUACAGCGGUCGAGCGCUGGACGUUUGGGCACUAGGGUGCACGUUGUAUGCGUUUGUCUACGGUCGGCUGCCGUACACCGCCGACACGGUGCUGGCGGUGCACGAGCAGAUCCGCACGCAACCGGUGCAGUGGCCAGUAGAACCGGAAACAUCCCCACAAUUGGUGCACCUGUUACACCGCCUCCUUGACAAGGAUCCGGAUACCAGGAUCACGUUGCCGGCCGUCAAACGGCAUGACUGGGUGACUAGGGCGGGGGCCGAGGCGCUGCCCACCGAGCGGGACAACUAUUGCCGGGAGCCGGUCGAGGUCAGCGAGGAGGAAAUGAUGAAUGUCGUAAAGUCCAUACCUAAGCUCAACACCCUGAUACUGAUCAAAGCAAUGCUGAAAAAUCACUCGUUCCUCAAUCCGUUCGCAGCAGACGAAUCGAAACGAAAACUUCAGUCAUCCAACCGUUCGCAUUCGGCACCCGGAGCGUGCUCUUGGUUUGGGUCAAGAUCUUUAUCCGCGGAAACAACCAAUCUUAAGCCUGUUAAAGAACAUGCCGUGAAAGAAAAGUGA